GCGCCAGCAUUUGAGCUCUUCCCACUACCUCACCUAUCAGGUUCUAAUAGCGAUCUUGGUUGGAUUUCUUUCGCGACUUAUGAGUGGUGCAGGCAAGCUGAACUUCGGGUCCUUCAUGUGUUUCGUACUCCCUCUCAAUCUCUGAAUGGGAACCAUUGCGUCAAGAUUCGCUACGCUCUGUCGGUUUCCUGCUUAAAUCAGUACACCAUGUCUAAUGUUGUGGCAAAUGCUUCGCGGCUAAAGCCCGAAAUUCGCUUGGCUCAAGCUGUUUCCCAGUUUGAAGCGGACCUCUCAGACAGGCAGAAAACCGCCUUCCGCACUCUUAAAUCCCAAUCGCGCAAAUAUCCCCCAGAUCCUAGCGAUGUGAUGCGCCUUACAGCUGAGAUUGACCGUCAGAUGUCGAGAAAAGCUGGCGGCCGUUGCUUUGGGCCCCGUUUCACAAACUUCCUACAAGGAGUUCAGCAAUUCGCCGCACUUGGAGAUGUCGUAGUUGGAGGCUCGCAAAAUAUAGUCGCAUGUGGCGUCUGGUCGCUGGUGCGCAUGUCGUUACUCUCAAUCGUGAGCUUCUCAUGCUACGUCGAGAAGUUGUCCAUUCUUUUCAUGGGCAUUGGUCGCUCAGCCCCACGUUACCAAAAAAUGGCCCUACUCUAUCCGCAAUCCAGCAGUCUGCAAUCACAGCUCUGUGAAUAUUUCAUCGCGGUAGUUGGUCUCUGCCGUCAUCUGUUCAACUUCACAGCGAUGUCGACCUUUCGGCAAGUCACGUCCGCUUUGAAUGAUUCGGACUUAAAGACUUUCCAAACCGACCUCGAUCGUUGGGCCGGUUCAAUCAAGGAGGAGAUGAUCUUAAUGGAAGCCCAAGAGAACUCUCGAUCCCGGGAUCUAUUUAUCAAGCAUUCUAAAUCCGCUGACCGUCGUCAAAAGCUAGCUACGAAUCUUCGAGUGCUCGAUUUUUGCUCCAAGUACGACUAUGAGACAGCGUGGAAACAGACCCGGAAAGUCGGAAAUUCAUCCCUAUUCGCGUCGCUUGCCGAAUACCAGGAGUGGAAAGACUACGCAAGAUCGUGUACGCUUCUGUAUACAGGCAAACUGGGAUCGGGAAAAUCUGUUUUGCUAGCGAAUAUCGUGGACGACCUUCAUAUUUGCGCCAGAAAUGAUACGGUUGCAGUGGCAUACUUCUUUUGCAGGUACGAUAUUCCUAGGAGUUUAACGGCACGGACAAUUCUUGGUUCCCUGGCGCGACAAUUGCUGCGCACCAUACCAGACCUUUCUGUGGUGGCAGAUGCAUACGAAGAGACCUGCUCGAUCGAGAGUACCGAAAGAGUACUCGAAUUGAUCUGUCACGGUUUCCCAUCCGGCCACGAAGCGUACUUCGUCCUCGAUGGAUUGGACGAAUGCGAACAUGUAGAGAGAGAAGCAGUGGCUCAAGGACUUGAAAAGAUCCAACAGUCUCUCAAACUCCGGCUUUUGAUCUCAUUUCGACUGGAGCCGAACAAUGGAUUGGAGGCAUUUACUAAGCGACUUGCAAUCACUCGGAUUGCUUCGAUUCCGGAGGACAACCCAGACAUUGAAGCAUUCAUUGAAGCAGAGCUAGGAAGUUGCCUAGAAAGCCGAAAGCUAAUUAUUGGAGACCCGACACUUAUACUAGACAUUCAGGAUGCUCUCGUAAACGGAUCGCAGGGAAUGUUCCUUUGGGUUGCCCUCCAGAUCAAGUCUUUGUGUGAGAUGAAAACAGAUGAGGCCAUCCGAGAUGCUCUCGCAGACCUACCUAGAGACCUCUCAGAGACCUUUUCCCGAAUCCUGCACAAAUCAGGACCAUCAGGACAGGCUUACCAGACACGAAUACUGCAACUUGUUGUAGCGGCCUCCCGGCCCCUAACGGCGGAUGAGUUGCGAGAGGCUCUCAGUGUAGUUCCUGGAGACACUAUCUGGACGCCUUCAAGACUCCCAAAUGACGUACAUUCGGCGCUGGCUUGCUGUGGUUGCCUCCUCACUCUCGACGAAGAAGAGACCACCAUCCGUUUCAUACACCAUAGCGUCAAGCAAUUCCUCCUCAACGGGUCUCACGACUUAAACAAGAUGGCAUUUACAGCGGAAAAGGCACAGAGGACAAUGGCGGACAUUAUUGUCACUUACCUCAACUACGGUGUUUUCGGAACCGAGCUAUCCAAGACGAGGGUGCCUCCAGUCAGAAUACAGUCAACACCAUCUAAUAUUGUUCGUGCCGCUAUAGGGUCUUCAAGCACCGUCCAAAAUCUUGCUUUGAAACUCUUAAGGUCGAGCAAGCGGCCUGAUUUCGACAUCAGCAAGACCCUUGCCGAAGCGCGUAAACCCUUCCGGUCGAAAGCGGUGGAAGAAUUCCGCUUCUAUUCAUACGCGAGAGCAUAUUGGCUACACCACAUAUUUUAUAUGUCAGGGCAGUCGGAAACCAUGUACGAUCUGUCAGUAAGAUUGAUCAAUCGGUGGGUACCUCAAUCAGAUGCGAUAGCCAAGGAUUGGAAAGUUUUCGCUUGGGCCAUUGAUAAUGGUAAUAAGGCCAUUGUUAAGCAUUUAAUCGAUUUGGGUAAAGUGAAUGCCAACUGGAGGGAUUACGAAGGACGGACGCCGCUAUCGUGGGCAGCAGAGAACGGAUACGAGGCGGUAGUCAAGCUGCUGCUAAGCACAAGCAAGGUCGACGUCAAUGCGAAGGACAAGAUGUCUGGACAGACGCCGCUCUGGCGGGCAGCAGGGAACGGACACGAGGCGGUAGUCGAGCUGCUGCUUAGCACGGGAAAGGUCGAUAUCGACGUGAAGGACAAGAUUUUUGGACAGACGCCGCUCUGGCGGGCAGCAGGGAACGGACAUGAGGCGGUAUCAAGCUGCUGCUUAGCACGGGAAAGGUCGAUAUCGACGUGAAGGACAAGAUGUCUGGACAGACGCCGCUCUGGCGGGCAGCAGGGAACGGAUAUGAGGCGGUAGUCAAGCUGCUGCUUAGCACAGGCAAGGUCUACAUCAAUGCGAAGGACAAUGACGGAUGGACGCCGCUCUUGCGGGCAGCAGGGAACGGACACGAGGUGGUAGUCAAGCUGCUGCUUAGCACAGGCAAGGUCGAUAUCGACGUGAAGGAUAAGAUGUUCGGACGGACGCCGCUCUGGCGGGCAGCAGGGAACGGACAUGAGGCGGUAGUCAAGCUACUGCUUAGUACAGG